CUUCGCGCCGCGCGCAGCCGAGCGUGUCUGCUUGCCGCACUCCGGCUGCAUCCGGCUGCUCCGAUAGCGCUUCCGCAGAGUGAAGUGCCGCACCGCCGUAUACGUCGCAACGGGACGCGCCGUGCGGGGCGGCAGAGCAAAAGGAGGGAGCGAUAGACGGACGGAGAGUGGAAGCGAGAAGGAAAGGACGCGAAGGGUGGUGUGUCACACUGGCGCGUCCGCCGUCGAUUGCUACGUCCACGAGGGAGAUGUGAUGCAGCUCAUACGAUGGUGGACAACGAGUUCCCGGCCGCCGAGAAGAUCCUCCGUGACAUUGAGAACACCGUCCGAAGAAAUCCCACCAUAAGGAGCUUCGUGAUUCUGCCUAUGGAGGACAGCGAGAACCGGUCGCCGGUGUUUCACCAGGAGGACAGCUUGGGCCUGGCGUCGUGGUGCGUUCAGCCGCUCUACGUGUAUACGUAUCGCCGACUGCUGGAGUAUCGGCGGACGCGUCAUCAGCGGCGCGAGGAACCCAGCACCGUGGCGAGAUGGCUGCUGGGCGCCCUUCUGUUCAAUCCGAGCGUGACCAUGUUCUGGAAUAUGCGGCGAGAACUGGUGCGCGCUGGCAGAUUGGACCCACGCGACGAGCUGUCCUUCACGCGGCCGGUGCUCUAUCACACGCCAAAGUGCUUCGAGGCCUUCUCGUAUCGAAGCUGGCUGAUGCCGUUCGUCCUGGACGCCGAGCGGACCGACGUCGCCGAAGCACUCGCGAACGACGAGCUCGAGCUCGUGCAGACCUGCGCCGAUCGCUACGCGAACAACUACCACGCUUGGAGCUAUCGACGUCACUUGGUCACCCUGUUCGAGUCUCGCGGUUUACGGCAUUUCAGCUUCGAUAGCGAAUGGAUGAGCACGCUCAUUUGGUGCCGGCAGCAUGUAUCCGAUCAUAGCGCGUACUCCUAUCGGCAAUUCCUGCUGCGAAAGUACAUCCUGGCAGUGGUCUCCUCGGGCAGGGAGACGCACGACAACUCCGGUUACCGCUCCAUCAGGUACGACGGCCCAUUCCUCUACAUGGGUCGUCACGAUCUCGACGACGACGAACGGACGUUGCUGGAACGUAUUCGCGAGGUCGCGCGUCUGGAGCGUGAUCACGGUUACUUGACCACCGACGUUCGCAAACUUAGGUGUUACCUAACGGCGUUGUCAUACUGGACGGAAGAGUGCUUGUAUAACGAGCAGUACAUCACUUUGCACGACAAUCACGAGACGUUGUGGUGCCACCGUAGGUUCCUGGCGUACUUGAUCGCUGUUCUCACCGCCGCGUACGCGAGGCACGCCUGUUACCGCGAAGACGAUUUCUGGGACUCUCGGUGUCACGACGAGCCGUCACUCGCAUCGCUCCUUCGCGACAGACGUUUCACUACCGAUGACGACCUGUUAAUGGCGGCUCACGUGAUGCUCGUCAAGUCCUUUUGCUCGGUUAGUGUCGGUAUCAUUGAGAUAGCGGUCAAGCGUCCGCAGGAAAAAAUGUUCAUCGAGAGAUUUUGCAAGUAUCUUGAGAGAAUAGGUUUGCGAUGAUCAGGAUUAGCGUGUGAGAUUUUGAAGUUGACGAAGGCGCGAUGAGCCGAUCGUAGGAUUUUUCUUGUCAUCAGGGUGUGUAAAUAUAAAAGUAAUAAGCGUGCAAACGAUCGCGCAUUAAUGCUCGCGCAAUAAUUUUAUUGCAACACAAUUUCUCUCUUUUUUGUGAUUUCGUAUCGUCUAAGUCAUGUUAAGACGUAUUCGAUAUGUACGAUGGUUAUUCAAUGGCGUUUAUUUAAAGUAGUCGCAAUAUAGUUUGUUUUUUUAAGGUUUUUGGUAUUCUUGAAAUAUUUUUAAGACGUUUUGAUUGUGUGCUUUCCAUCCAAUAUACGGAGUGAGUCAUAAGUAUGUUUUAAAAUUUUUGUGAGCGUGUUUAUGAAUUAAAAAAAGGAACAAAUGUUUGUUUAAACAUUGAAUCGCAAGAAUCCAAUGUUGUCGAAGUAAAUAUACACAAAUAUAGUGGUAUUAAAUAAUGACUUUAUUUAAAAGUUUCAAGUGGGAAUUUUAUGUUUACAAGAAAUGCUCAAAGUAUCCUGCAUCAUUUUCCAUACAUAUCUAACUAAGAAUCUGAUACUCAGUCAUUAUUUCAAAUCUUGUGUCUAUU